AUGUCGUCCUAUACACCACAGACCGAUUUGCCGCUUGAACGAUCUCGCCUUAUUGGAAUGAUUCUGGGAGGUGUAUCCUACGGCGUAUACCUUCUCCUUACUGUACAAGCGGUGACUGCUCUCAUGCAACGUCCCCGACGUGGGCAGAAAAUUGCAGACAAUCGUCGCAUGCUUCUUUGUUACAUUCUCAUCACGUUCGCGCUUGCGACGAUAAGCUUUGCUUGCAAUACAAAAUAUACGGUGAUGAUCUGGAUAGACCUUCGCGAUGCACCUGGGGGUCCCGUUGCGCUGAUCAAGAACGUAAUGUAUUACCGUAUCAAUUUUGUGGCGAUACUCUGUGGCUACAUCAUGGAGUGGUUUAUGCAAGCACUGCUCGUUUACCGAUGUUUUCUGAUAUGGAAUUGUGCGAGGCACGUGUUGAUUCCCAUGUUCGUCGUCUAUAUUGGCAUGAUUGCAGUGGCCAUCGUCGUCUUAGUCCAGGCGGGUACCGGGGCUCUAUUUUACAAUAUCAACAUCACGCUUGCAUACCUCGCCUUCCUAGUGGCGAACACCGUACUUUAUACCAUCCUCGUGGCGAUACGUUUACUCUCCAUGCGAAGCCAGAUGAAGACAGCGUUGGCUAAUUAUGGUCGCAGCACUUAUGAUCCCAGCACUUAUAAUACCAUCAUCCGCAUGGUCGUCGAGUCCGCCAUGGCAUACAGUGUCUUCGUCGUCAUCUACAUAGUGGCAUUUUCUAUGCAUUCAGACACUGUCUCCACGCUGUGCUUCCUGUCUAUUAACCAAGUUCAAGGCAUUGCGCAGUUGUUCAUCAUCAUACGUGUGGCACGGGGGAGGGCAAUGACACGUAAUUGGUCGACCCGAAAUGCUUCAGCAGCACCUACGGCUCUAGCAUUCGCAGGGACUGUAUCAAUCCCAGCAGAAGGAACAAAUGUGGCACAAGCAGCUAGGCCAGAGCAGGUCAUCGUCAGUGAGUCGUGUUUUGCUUCGGCGAAGUCAGCGGAAGCAAAUGUAUAG